UUUUUUAUUUUUAGCUUGAGAUUACACGGAGAAGAAGAAGAAGAUGGAUGACGUUAAAGAUAAGCUAAAGGGUUUCAUGAAAAAAGUCAAUCUCUCUUCUUCUUCCGGCAAAUUCAAAGGCCAAGGUAGGGUUCUCGGAUCUUCUUCUUCCUCUGCACCUGGACCCGUUAACCCGAUUCAUAACCGGUUUAACUCUUCCCAAGCUCCCAAUCCGACUCCUAGACCCAAACCCAAUCCUAAUCCUACUUCGACGCCGUUGCCUGAGAAACCCAUAUCCUCCUCCGAUCAGAAGAUUAGUGGGUCAACGAGAAACCCGGAUCCUGACCCGGUUCGUGCUCCACAAGAUGGGUUUGACCCGUUCGGUGCUUUGAUAACGUCUUCGAACAGAUCUCAGAAUGGUUAUUCUCUGAAUAUGUUCGAGUGUCCGAUCUGUAAAAAUCCAUUCACGUCAGAGGAAGAAGUCUCUGUUCAUGUCGAGAGCUGUCUUGGGAACACUAAUGGAGACGAAUCUUCAUUUGAGAAGGAUAAUACUAAUGAUAAUGAUAAAUCCGAAAUCGAGAAACUUGUGGUUGUGUAUCUCUCUGGGAAGCCAAGUGAGAGCUCCAUUGAUGUUUUGCUUAGGUUGUUUAAGAACAUAGUUAAAGAACCUGAGAAUGCUAAGUUUAGAAAGGUUAGAAUGAGCAAUGCUAAGAUUAAAGAAGCCAUUGGUGAUGUUGCGGGAGGUGUUGAGCUUCUUGAGCUGGUUGGUUUUGAAUUGAAAGAGGAAAAUGAUGAGAUUUGGGCUGUUAUGGAUGUCCCUGGUGAAGAACAAUCGAAUUUGAUCAGUAAAGUUGUCGGGUUUCUAGAAAAGAGAAAGACAGAGAAUUCAGGAUCUUCUGUUCAGGUUAUGGAACCUGUGGCUCCAAAGAAGAUAGAUAGAGAGAUUCGCGUCUUUUUCUCGGUUUCUGAAAACGUAGCAUCGAGAAUAGAGGUACCUGAUUCAUUCUAUAGUCUCUCGGCGGAUGAAAUAAAGAGAGAAGCGGAUUUACGGAGGAAAAAGAUUGCGGAAUCACAGCUUUUGAUUCCUCGAUCUUAUAAGGAGAAACAAGCAAAAGCAGCUAGAAAGAGAUACAAAAGAAGUAUGAUAAGAGUGCAGUUUCCAGACGGAGUUGUGCUUCAAGGUGUGUUUGCUCCAUGGGAACCUACUAUUGCUCUCUAUGAGUUUGUGAGCUCUGCUUUGAAAGAACCAAGUUUGCAGUUUGAGCUUCUUGAUCCUGUACUGGUUAAACGGCGUGUGAUUCCACAUACUCCAGCCCCGGGACAGAAACCAAUAACCUUAGAGGACGAAGAGCUUGUUCCUUCAGCGCUCAUCAAGUUCAGACCGAUAGAAACAGACUCUCUCGUCUUUACAGGACUCCGCAAUGAACUCCUGGAGAUCAGUGAACCACUCUCGUGAUCAUUUGUGUUCCACAGAAGAUUUAGCUUGAAACCAUAAAAUAAGUUUACAAAUUUAGGUUUCUCUCUUGUAUGGUGUGAUUAAUGAGAUGAUUUGUGUUGGUGAUUCGAGCACAUUUUAUAGGUUUAUGAAAAAUUUGUGUCAUUUGCACAAUAACAAGGAUCAAAUUUA